ACAAGAUCAGUUGUCUAAGUGAGUUUGCACGUCGCAUGUCUGUCAAGAAUAAGAGCCCAAAGGAAUAGAAUUCGAGAAUUGCAAGUAAAAGGAUAGCACAGAAAAUAUGGAUACGCGCCUGAGUUUGCUCAUAGCGCUGCUCUUAGCUGCAAUCUAUGCUCAGCGACCAAGUUGGGCCUUGGAACUGAACAAUAACAAUAACAUUACAACUAACAUUGGAGAGAGUGGUUUAUUGCGAACAGUGCGUCAUGUGUAUGCUCAGUGUGCGGACAGCGAUGAUAUUUUUUGGUGCUGCAAGUUGCAAGGCGCUCGACUCCUUGGCCGAGCACUUAAAGUGCACCAGCUCAGCAUUGUGGAUGGCGUUAAUUUAGUGAGGCGCUCGAAUGGCGAAGAUUCACGCACAGGACGCGCCAGCAUUGCCGAGAGUCAGCUGAAUAAUCGUGAUCUAGAGCACAUGUCAAGCAAGAGUUUAGACGCAUUGCUGUUGGAGCGUUUUCUCAACUUCCUGCACAGCCAUCAACUGCAGGUGAAUCUGCCACGUCUUAUGCGUUUCGGUGAACGCAACAGCCAGGAUUGGUUGCAGCUUCUUUGGGGUUAUUUUAUGCCCGGCGAAACGAGUGUGGACAGCGAGGGACGCAAGAAGAAGGAUGACAAAAAGUAUCUGGGACCUUUCAUUGCAGCCGUGCUGCUCAAGACUGCAAUACUGAAGAUGGCCUAUCACUCAAUUGCGAUUGUGGCUGGCAAGGCGCUGAUUGUGGGUAAAAUAGCGCUAAUCAUCAGCGCCAUCAUUGGCCUUAAGAAACUAGUCAGUCACGAUGGCGGCGAGAAGACAACAUAUGAGAUUGUUAAACAUCCGCAAGUGCAGCAGAGUCACACCUAUUCGUCGAGCCAUCAAGGGGAGUACGAUAGCGGUGGCCACGAUGGCGGCUCGUAUCAUCGCAGCAUCGAUGACGAAAUGAUGAUGCAGGAUAAGGCUUAUCACGCUUGGAUGCCACAGGGCGGUGGCGGUGGAGGUGUUGCCUCAGCUGCCGCCUCUCUUGCCGCUGCUGCCGCCAAGGUGUAACGAUCAAAAUUGGCGUUGCAUCUAAAGCAAAACCAAAGAUUCAAAAGAUUUGUUCACUUAGUUUCAAUUGUGUCUGCAAAUUGCAAUUGUAUUUACAUUUGUUGACUAUAAUCCUAGUUGUGUAAGUUUAGUUACCGUAGAUACGAGUAUUUUUUUAACGCUGAAAUACAUAAAGCUAGAGAAAACCACGCAUUGGCAA